CUCAACUAUGAUCAUCCUAAACCCAAACAUAUAUCCAUGAAAUUGAUUCCUCAUGUGCGGCAUCUGGUGCUCCAUCAGCACAGAACAAUUUAAGAAGCCAACCGAGACCCUUCGAUCUCGUCUCUGCCAGAGAGGACCCGAUGCCAGCCAUCAUGUGGAGAUCCAACUGGCACGCGAUCACGCGUUGAUGCCAACCCUACAUCUCUCCUUCUAUGCCACCGUUCUGUCCCUGAGAGGCGCAUACGUCGUUCCACAGCCACUCCAUGAUGAGGUAUCAGAUUCGGUGCUGUGCUGGAACGGAGAAGCAUGGCUUUUCGAUGGAGCCAGCAUCCCCGGAAGUGAUACCGAUUUUAUCUUCGCGCAAUGUUUGAAGGCAUGCGCAAAGGAUGCGGAGAACGGUAACUCCACGGAAGCUAUUUUGACCACUCUAAGUCUCAUCCGCGGUCCAUUUGCUUUCCUUUUCUACGAUGGAAGGGCGAAGAAGCUGUGGUUUGGUAGAGAUUGCCUAGGCAGAAGGUCUCUUCUUCAUUCAAGUCACGGAAAUCAGUUGAUUCUGUCCAAUAUUGGCGAUCAACCAUCCCCGGUUCUUUGGAUCGAAAUCGAGGCGGAUGGGGUUUAUAUGGCAGAUUUCACUUUGUGUUCAAAUACCACUGGGAUAUUCUCUUCAUCUGCCGUGAACUUUUUCACGACUCGUAUACCUUUCCAACCCCCCAGCCGUAUCGCAGAAACUGGCCCAUCCCCACUUUCGCCGCCUUCGGCCCCAGUAGAAGCUCUACAGAACCAUUUAAGCAAGAGUCUAUAUUUACGGCUAUCCUCAAUACCUAAAGUGCUGGAGCUCCCACGCAACCCAAUCUUUAAGCCGAGUCGACUCGCCGUUCUAUUUUCUGGCGGCCUAGACUGCACUGUGCUAGCACGGAUGUCCAAUGAUAUCCUUGAGGCAAACGAACCGAUCGAUCUUCUGAACGUUGCGUUCGAAAAUCCCCGUUUAGUCAAGAACCUUUCCGCUGCAGCUGGUCCUCAGCGUAGUGUCUUUGAUCUUUGUCCAGAUCGAUUGACGGCCAGAUCAUCCGCGAGGGAGCUUCAAGAAGCUUGUCCAUCACGAGAGUGGCGGCUUGUAGAGAUCGAUAUUCCGUUCAGCGAGUUUAAGGCUCAUAGGGGGACGAUUGUUUCGCUGAUGAGCCCGCACAAUACGGAGAUGGAUUUGUCUAUCGCCGCGGCACUCCAUUUCGCAGCACGUGGUUGUGGGACUAUUGCCCUUCCGUCCGGUGAGCAGAUGGAAUAUACAACGACCUCUCGGGUCCUAUUGUCCGGCCUCGGCGCUGACGAGCUUUUCGGCGGAUACCAACGGCAUGCCACCGCGUUCACACGCCACGGCUACCGCGGUCUCAUCGAUGAGCUGGAUCUCGAUUUUAACCGUCUCGGCAAGCGAAACCUUGGCCGUGACGACCGGGUCACAUCACAUUGGUCAAGAGAAGUCCGAUACCCAUUCCUAGACGAAGACUUGGUGAAUUGGGCAUUGGCCGCUCGGGUGGACGAGAAGUGCGGCUUUGGUCAGCAAGUCGCGGAUAUGGCAGAGCUAGCCGAUGAAGAAAGAUGGAAAGGGAUCGAACCUGGGAAGAAGGGCCUGCGGCUUCUGGCUUGGAACCUGGGUCUUCGCGGCGUUGCCAUGGAGAAGAAACGAGCGAUCCAAUUCGGUGCUCGCACUGCGAAGAUGGAAGGGUCAAAGACGAAAGGUACUCAUGUUAUUAGUCCAACAGAUUGA